AUGGUCGGUCAGGAUACUAAGCCCGAAGACAAAGCACACACACCUGAAAACGUCCACAAGGCAGUCUUGUCACUAGUCCAGCUUCAGUGUAAGCGUUUGCCAGCCACGGACGAAAACGCACAAGCAUCAGUUAACAGGCCAACCGACCCGGUCACUGGAGCCAAUCUUUUUCCCGAAGUUACCGAUCUAAUUUGCCGACUUCCCUUACCUACAUUAUUCUAUCGAUAG